AUGGCCGAGUCGAAAGUUCCAAGUAAUCAAACAUUAAACCUCCCAUCACACAUACUUUAUCAAAAUUUCAAUAAAACUGUCACCUUAAUUGAUAUCCCGCAAUCAAUCGAAGAUGCUCAAUCACUUUCCUCUGAACAAUACGCUUCGCGUCCGAAGACUGAGAAAAGGUUAAUAUCUUGUAAACCAAUAGAUACGCCCUAUCCAUCACUCGAACCUAAAUCUGCAAAAGCUCUUAGGAAUGCUCCAGAGAAGAGAAUUGAGGAAUUGAUGUUGGAGCGUUAUGUUCAACUUGCGCUUGAUGAGAUGAUGAGGGAUGAGAGAUGGGAGGGGAAAGUUUGUUUAGAGAGGAUUUGGGGAGAAGAUGAGGAACCCAAAAGGAAAAGGAAAUUUGUCCCAGAAGAAACGGAGAAAUCUCAGCAAAGCGUCAUCAAAGUUGAAAAUGCAUCGGAACUUUCAAAACACGUUGAUAUCAAUGGGGUUUCGGGAACAAUGCCACCUAAAUCUACAAUGAUAUUUGGCAAUAUACCUGGAAGUAACAUUUCUUCCAAUAUAGAAAUACAUCAAGACUUUCCAAAAUUCAAAGUGAUAAUUGCCGACCCCCCUUGGCCUAAUCGAUCUGCUUUCCGGAAAGAUUCUUAUGCUACCGCUUCGGGAUUUGGAGGAAUAGAGAGUUUGUUGAGAUUCCUACCAUGCCAUAAGAUAGAACACAAUGGUUACGUUGGAAUAUGGAUAACUAAUAAACCCGCUUUCCGCUCCAUGCUCUUGGACAAAGGAGGGAUGUUUGAUCACUGGGGUCUUGAAUUAAUUGAAGAAUGGAUUUGGCUUAAAGUUACAUCAAAUGGUGAACCGAUGUGUGAGAUUUUAGGGACAUGGAGGAAACCAUGGGAGAUUUUACUUGUGGGACGGAAGAAAGAUGAGAGGGAGAGUGUUGGAGUAGGAGACUCCGGAUUCAAGAAGUCUGUUGGGAAUGAGGAAUUGAAUAUUGAAAAAGAAUAUGACCUCGAGGGAUCAAAUCAAUCUUCACCCUCAUCCUUACCCUCACCCUCACCCUCGCAAACUCCAUCACAAUCUGAAAAUUCAAACCUCCCCAUAAAACGAAGGAUUAUAAUUGGAGUCCCUGAUUUACACUCACGAAAACCUAACUUGAGGUUUCUUUUUGGACAACUACUAGGGUUGCAAGAUUAUAGGGGUUUAGAAAUCUUCGCGAGGAAUCUCACAGCUGGCUGGUGGGGGUGGGGAAAUGAACUUUUGAAAUUUCAGAAUGAUGACGCUUGGGUUGUUGAGGAAGGCUGUGAUGAUGUUGAUAGAACAGUUGAUGUAUUAAAAGUAAAUGAUGGACAUGAUAGAGAGGAUGAAAAGAGUGACCGGGAGUGA